CGAAGCUAUCACAAGCACCACGUCAAAUUCGUCGACAUGCCGUCCUUGCCGAUAUUCCAGGCUUUCCUGGUCUUCGUCGUGGCUAUCAGUGUACUGCAUGCAGCUGCAGCUGAAGACAUCCAGCUAAGCGAAGCUCUCGGUGGGUCUAAUGGAGUCGCGUUCUCAGAUAUCAACUCGGUCAAGUUUGGGCAAGUGGCGAGCUCUCUCACAAUCCGUGCCGGCGACCGGGUUGACGCAGUAACGCUCCAAGUUGCAAGUCCCGCUGAGUUGACGCUAAACCAUGGCGGUUCAGGAGGAACAGACAAUACACUUACACUUGAAGACGGCGAGUAUGUCACCUCAAUGGAGAUCCAUUGGGCCAAGAAGGGGAC